CUGUGGUCGGCUCCUUCCGCUUCCCCAGCGCCGCGAGAGCCAAGAUGGCGGCGCAGGGAAGCGAGGGCGCUUGGUGAGGUGCUGGGUCGCCAUGGCGACGGCGGCGGCGGCGCUGGGCUGGCGGGCCUUAGGCCUGGCCGCGCGUCGGGCCCGGCUCCUCCCGGCAUCCUCCCCUAGCCUGGAGCCGGCCUUUUCCCGGGCCCUGAGCCUGCGGAACUCGCGGCUGCUGGGUGCGAGGAGGCAGGAGGCAGGCCGGGCUUGCGGGCGCUCCGACCCUCCGGGGACCGGCGGCCGCAUGGAGCCCGUCUGGGCCACUCCGCCUCGUCUGCAGAGGCGCGAGUCCGCGCUGGAUCACCUGGCCGGGAUCGCCCCGGGAGAAGCGGGGGAGCCGUCUCUGGGGGGGCCGGUCGCCCCUCCCGCCUGCGCCUUUCACGGUGAUCACAAGUCCUUGAUGUCCCACCGCCCAGAUCAGCCGGAGAACCCCAAAGUCUUGAGAGUGGCCAUUAUCGGGGCUCCCAACGCCGGCAAGUCCACCCUGUCGAACCAGCUGCUCGGACGGAAGAUCCUGGCGGUCUCCAGGAAGGUGCACACAACAAGGUGCAACGCUCAAGGCGUCCUCACAGUGGAGGAUACGCAACUGAUUAUCUUGGACACCCCUGGCCUCACCACCGCUGCCAAGGGCAAAAGACACAACCUGGAGAAGGCCAUGCUGUCCGACCCAUUCAACAGCUUGAACGAUGCAGAUGUAGUGCUGGUCCUGGUGGAUGUUUCCGAUCGCCACACCCGCCACCAGCUUCACCCGCAGGUGCUUCGCUGCCUGAAGCAGUUCCCGCAGGUGCCCAGCCUCCUUGUCUUGAACAAGGUGGACCUGGUGAAGAAGAAGGGCCUCCUCUUGGAGCUGGUGGGCGAGCUGACUGAAGGCGCCUUUGGAGGAAAGAAGCUGAGAACCAGGUCUCUGCACAGGCCCCCCAAGAAGGCCCCCGCGGAGCCCCUGGGGAAGGGGCUGGGCUUGGCUUCUGCGAAGGAGAACGAGACCCCGGAGGGCUCCACGCAGCAGAAAGGCUGGCCCGGCUUCCGGGAGAUCUUCAUGCUGGCUGCUGUGCAGGAGGAGGAGGUGGACACUCUGAAGAAAUACCUCCUCAAGCAAGCCCAGCCCGGCCCCUGGGAGUACCACAGCGAGGUUCUGACCAGCCAGUCCCCGCAAGAGAUCUGCGCUAACCUCAUCCGGGCGAGACUCCUGGAACACCUGCCCCACGAAGUGCCCUACCUGGUGACACAGAAAACAGUCCUCUGGGAGGAGGGUCCCGCUGGGGAGCUCCAGAUUGUGCAGAAUUUGGAGGUCCCGAAGGAGAGAUACGUGAAGAUGCUGAUUGGCCACCACGGCCAGGUGGUCAGCAAGAUCGCCACCGAGGCCGGCUACGACCUGAUGAACGCUUUCCUGUGCGAUGUGCAGCUGAAGCUCUCCGUCCAGCUGAAGGAAUGAGGCCUCCCGCUCACACACAGCCCCCCAGCCCGGAUGGAUCUCUCUGGAUGCUGCUCCGCUCUGGCCAGCGCGCUAACCCGACUGAAGCCCCUCCCCCUCUCUCUUGGGCCAGAGGUGGUGGCAGAAGCGGAGCCCCCUCCUUCCCAUCUCAGAGACCCCGAAGGGGCAACGGGCGGAUGGCUGGCAGAUCUGAGCCAAGGCCACCCUCUUGCGUCCUUGGUUGGCAGGAGAAACCUGGUGCCACCACCUUGUCCCUUUGACUUUUGUGAGCGCUGUACUCUUGCCCUGCCUGGCACGGAGGCUGGAGUCCCCUGCCCUUCCCGCCACUUCUGGCAGAUGUUGCCCGCAGCUGGAAUAACUUCCUCUCCCCUGCAUCCCCUUCGUCAGCAAAGGAAUCUCUCUCGGCCCGAUGGCAGCUCACCGACGGCAGGCAUGUGGUGAUGGCGCAUACAGUUGGUGCCCCUGUGGUGUCUGGGCGACAUAUUCCCACCCAGAAGGAGGCGUGGGGAGGGGGAGAGAGACAAGGCCAGGGGUCCGGCCGCUGCCUCCUGGCUACCCCUGCUUACUUGCUCCGUGAGUAAAGUGGUUGCUCCUCAGACGGGCAUUGAAUUGCAAUAAAAGGGGGCUCCUGGUCAAAGAAAGUGUGUGGGUCUCCACUGACCUGGGAAGGGA